AUGAUGCCGGGAGAAAAAGCGAAAGAUGAAUCUCCAUCUAUAAGUGCCCAAACUCAUUUCAAAGCAGGAUUGAUCCAAGUUCUUGAUCUUAUGAUUGCCCAAAUGAAUACCCGGUUCAUCGCUUUAAAUGAAGUUGCCGAUGAUUUCGCAUUUUUGAGCGGUCAAGCAAUUGUGAACACCAGUGUUACUCAACUAACCAAAAUAGCGGCAGAUCUCGCUAUCAAAUAUCCUGAUGACUUGGAUCCGCAUGAAUUUUCAUCAGAAAUUGAGAGUUUCAAAUUUCAAGCAACGACGCUGAAGAGUGAAGCCAAAGACAUGAACCAUUUGAAUGUAUUAGAAAAAAUAUUCGAUUUGUCGCUCGAGGAUGUAUAUCCGAACAUAACAACAGCACUGAGAAUAUUCUUAUGCAUGCCUGUUACGACGGCUACUUGCGAGCGUUCUUUUAGACAGGAACGGUUGGCGAAUAUUUCUAUUUUGUCGAUUGAGAAGGAUACUACAACACGUCUCAAUUUCGAUAAAAUAAUCGAUUUAUUUGCAGAGGCGAAAUCCAGAAAAGUAUUAUUCUGA